AUGUUGAAGCAAUUGCAAAUGGGCCUUCGUGCAUUUUUAUUGAUGGCUUCUAAAAUUUGGACUUGUGUGUGUUAUUUUCUGAAGCUGCAGGUCCGUACCUUUUGCCAACAUCAACCUGUGAAAUAUGAAUUGUUUCCUUUAUCUCCACUCUCAAGGCACAGGCUAAGUAUCGUUAAAAGAAAAGUUUUAGUUCUUGAUUUAGAUGAAACAUUAAUUCAUUCGCACCAUGACGGAGUACUAAGGCAAACUGUUAAACCAGGAACGCCUGCAGACUUUGUUCUCAAAGUGACGAUUGACAGGCAUCCUGUUAGAUUUUUUGUACAUAAGCGACCGCACGUAGAUUUUCUUCUCGACAUUGUGUCUCAGUGGUAUGAAUUAGUAGUAUUCACGGCUAGUAUGGAAAUAUACGGAGCGGCCGUAGCUGACCGUUUAGAUAAUAAUAGAGGUAUAUUAAGAAGACGAUAUUACAGACAACAUUGUACACCUGAUUUGGGUUCUUACACGAAGCAUCUAUCUGCCAUUUGCGGAGAUCUUAGUUCAAUUUUUAUAUUGGAUAAUUCUCCCGGAGCCUACAGGGCAUAUCCAGAUAAUGCGAUACCCAUUAAAAGUUGGUUCUGUGAUCCAAUGGACACUGCUCUUCUUAAUUUACUUCCAGUUUUAGAUGCUCUUCGUUUUACGCAAGACGUUCGCUCCGUAUUAAGUCGUAAUCUUCAUUUGCAUCGCAUAUGGUAG